UAUAUUUCACUAAUAAUUUGGACAACCCAUAAGGACCUAAUAAAUUUGAGAAACUAUUGUCAAUUGUCUUGCCCGAUGACACAGGUAGUAGCAGCACCAAGCUAUGAACCCGGUACCUUUAUGCCACAUACUCUUACAGUACUACUGUACAAGGGGUAUUUAUUACCACAACAGUUUGUUUUGUGUAUUUAAUGACACCACAUGCACUCAAACCUGUUAAUAAUUGAACAAUAAUUAAGCUGUUAAUACGUUUGCUGUUAUCGCUGCACAUAUACAGCUAUACAAUUGCAAUUUUUGACUAAUAUAAUUGGAAAUGGCUAAAAGAGAAUUAGGACCGGUACCAGAGUUCCGGUAUAAACCUGGUGAAGAACUGGUCGUCACUGAUGAAAUGAAAACAGCUUUUGAUAAAGAUGGUUUUGUAUUGGUAAGAGGUUUAUUCACUGUUCCCGAAAUUGACAAGUUAGAAAAAUGUCUCAAACUUGGGCAUGUAACGAAGCAUGCGUUCGAUUUACCAGAUGGUGAGAAAAUGAAUUCCCGCAUGGUUAUCUUUAAUCACCCAGGAGUUGACUAUACGGGUUUAAUCGGUCGCUGCAGAAGAAUUGUUGACACCACUGAAAAACUCUUAGGUGGUGAAGUAUAUCAUUACCAUACUAAAAUCAACAUGAAGCAGCCCGGGACUGGUGGGUCCUUUCAAUGGCAUCAGGAUUAUGGGUACUGGUACAAGAAUGGUAUUCUGUUUCCUGACUUGCUGUCUGUGAUGGUUGCCAUACAUAAGUGUGACCGUGGGAACGGCUGCUUAAAGGUGUUGAGAGGAUCUCAUAAAUUGGGACGAAUCGACCACAUUCGUAUUGGAGGACAAAAUGGGGCAGAUUUAGACACACUGGCAGAGUGCAAGAAGAUAUUGGAACAAGUUUAUGUUGAAUUAGAGCCAGGAGAUGGAAUUUUCUUUCAUUGCAAUGUUUUACAUUCAAGUGACCAAAACCACUCCGAUAGAAAACGUUGGGUAAUUAUACCAUGCUACAAUAGAAUGGACAACGACCCGUAUAUUGACCAUCAUCAUGCAAGAGCUACUAAACUUGUGAAGGUGUCGUAUGUGAGCUGCUUUCGUCUGAAUUUGGAAUGACGUCGGUCGAUUUUUUCGGCGAGUUUGUCAUCCUUAAGUAUCACCGGCAAAGAAAUUUGGAAAAUCUAGAAGGCUCCGAGGAUUUUAACAUAAAUUUUGGAGCAAAUUUUCAACUUGAUCUGUUUGUACACGAGGUAUUUAAAAACUAUAGGAAUACUGUGGGGUAAGAUGGUUAAUGGUGCACAUAUAGUACAGUGGGGAAAGAUAUGACAUAUUUUCAUUAUCUUUUAUCGCCUCAUUUGUUAGUUGUUAAAAACACGAUCAGAAACUAUAGUUUUUAUGUGCUAACGGUAUCUAUCUUACCCCAUCAUAAGUCUGCACUCUUGUAGUUGAUAUCAAAUUUAACAAAACGACAUAAGACCAUAUAAAUUGCAACGAAAUAAUAUAGUAGUUUGCGGUAAAAUGGGACAUGUUUUCAUUAUUUUACUACGUAUAGUACAGUGGGGGAAUAUGGGACACUACAUGACGUUUUUUGGGUGAUACCACGAAUUAGUACUAUCACUCCUUUAUUAAAUGACAACAAUUUAAAAUAAUAUAAUAAAACACACGAGGAGUUAUAUUAAGCGAUUCGCACAACAGGUGAAAUUUUACAAUCUCGAAAACACACAGUGUAAGACGGGACAGUUUGUAAGACGGGACAAAAUCAUUGUUAAUUUUGAUUAAUAAGUGUAAUUAUUUAUUAUUAGGAGCAUACGUAAAUUUUUAACAUGUUUCAUACAUUAUAUUAUUGUAUGACAAUUAGUAUUGUUUGAACGAUAGUGCUUGGGUAGGCUACUAUUCGAACAUCAAUUGAUAAAUAUUUUAUCCUACAAUAAAUGCAUUAUAACUUGUAAUAACAAAAAAUGAUAAUAAUUUUUAAUAAAGUUUGCAUUUCGCUACAAAUUGGGUUUUGCUACAUUGAUUAUCGCACAAGCCACUUCUUAUAAAUUAUCUCCGAGUACAAAUAACUGAAUUUCAAAUAUAUAUUUUUUUUUAAUUAUCUUGUUAUUAUAUCAGUAUAGUAUAUUUUAAUUACGUCUGAGGUAUACACUAUUAAAUAAAAGCUUUGAAAGUUUAGCAA